GGAGGCGGGGGCGGGGCGGGGCUCGGGUGGGAGGGAGGGGACGCAGGAGCUGUCCAGCUCCCAGCGUGCCCAAAGCAAGGCCCAGACCGCACCAGGCUUCCCUGCAGCCCUUUGGUUAAAAAUGGUUUCCAGAGUGGUCUCUACCAUGCUUCCUGGCCUGCUACUGUGGCUGGCAUUGGGAUGGACUCCAACACUCGCUUAUAGCCCACGAACUCCUGACCACGUCUCCGAAACAGAUAUCCAGAGGCUGCUUCACGGUGUCAUGGAGCAGUUGGGCAUUGCCAGGCCACGGGUGGAAUAUCCAGCUCAUCAGGCCAUGAAUCUUGUGGGCCCACAGAGUAUCGAAGGUGGAGCACAUGAAGGUCUGCAGCACUUGGGUCCUUUUGGCAACAUCCCCAACAUUGUGGCAGAGUUGACUGGUGACAACAUUCCUAAGGACUUCAGUGAGGAUCAGGGUUACCCUGACCCUCCAAACCCCUGUCCUCUUGGCAAAACAGCAGAUGAUGGAUGCCUAGAAAACACCCCUGACACAGCGGAGUUCAGUCGAGAAUUCCAGUUGCACCAGCACCUUUUUGAUCCAGAGCAUGACUACCCAGGCUUGGGCAAGUGGAACAAGAAACUCCUUUAUGAGAAGAUGAAGGGAGGACAGAGGCGGAAGCGGAGGAGUGUCAAUCCAUAUCUACAAGGACAGAGGCUGGACAAUGUUGUUGCAAAGAAGUCUGUCCCCCAUUUUUCAGAUGAGGAAAAGGACCCAGAGUAAAGAGAAGAUACUGGGUGGAAACUCAUGCCCCUCACCAUUAAUGUGCAUGUGUCACCAAAGCCCCCGCAAUGGGCAGCUUCUCACGUAGUAGUUAAUUAUGGAUGAAAAGCAGCUGUAUUCACAUUGUCCUUUACACUGAUGGCUCAGCUUUCUGCUAAGUUAGAAUAAGAGCUCUUUUGGUUUUAUUUUUGUCUUUCUGCAAUGAACAUUAGCAUUAAAAUGUAUAUGUCAAAGGCUGGGGAUUUAGCUCAGUGGUUCUUCCACCUGCUUUGUAAACACAAGGGCCCGAGUUCAAUCACUGGUACCAAAAAAACAAAGUAUAUGUUAAGUACAGUAAAAAGCAAGACUAUGAAAUGCUCAUAUUUCUUGCAGUUUAAAUGGUGUUUAGGGCUGUGCUUUGGCAAAAAAAGCUGGCAUUUGAAUUUGAUUAUGCAGUGCAUCGAGCCCUUGGGUCCUGUUAUACACCAAUAAAGAAGCCUGUGCCCCCAGGGAGGACUUGACACAUCUGUCUUGGCUGUAUCUUAGUAAAUGUUUAUGCAAGCAUCAGUGUGUGAAUGUGGU